AUGUCACUUGUCAGAGUGAACCGUUACUAUCCCCGGGGAGCAGGAAGAAAACCCCUGAAAGUAAGGAAGAGGAAAUCUUCAGUGAAGCAAGAGUGGGAUAGUACAGUGAAUGAUCUCACAGUCCAUCGGGCAACUCCCGAAGAUCUGUUGCGUCGUCAUGAAAUACAUAAAUCGAAGAACAGAGCAGUAGCUCACUGGGAACUCCAGGAAAAAGCUUUAAAGAGAAAAUGGAGGAAGCAGAAACCAGAAGCUUCCAAUCUUGAGAAAAGGAGAUUGGCUAUCAUGAAGGAGAUUCUUUCUGAUCAAUACCAGAUGCAGGAUGUAUUGGAAAAAUCUGAUCAUUUGAUGGCUGCAGCAAAAGAUCUCUUUGUUGAUUUUCCUCGUAGACGCACAGGAUUUCCGAAUGUAACAAUUGCUCCUGACUCCUCUCAAAGUCCCAUCGUGGUAAAUCGAGACCCUGUCACUCAGUCUAUUCUGAGUGAAUCUGUCAUAGACCCUCAGGCUCUUAAUGAAGUAGAUGGUGAAGGAAGAGAAGACACUGCAAAUAGCCAGUCAGAAGAAAGUGAGAAUGAGUUGGAUAGCUCGCUGAACUCCGAGUCUAACACGAAUACAGAUAGAUUUCUUCAGCAACUAAAUGAAGAAAAUUCCGAGUUAAUAAAUCAACUGUGGACUGACAUUCAGCAGAAAAUAGCAGCACAGUCACAAAGAACACCUUCCCCGGGAACUCCGUUACCUGCCACUCCAUCAAGUGAACGCAAAGCUGCUCUCAAUGCUACGAAUGCUGUGAGGAGAAUUCAUACUAGGUUUCAGCCUGAAGAAUCUUCUGAGACUCUAGACUCAGGCUAUGCUGUGGGACAAGUUCUGAACCCCAAGAAGCCAAAACAGCUGUUAAAUAAAGUGAAAAGAAAACCGGAUUUGCUUGCUCCUUCCAAGCAGAAGCAAAACAUGUUAUCAAGUAGCACAACCUCUGCAGAUAUACAGAGUAAGAGUAACAAUAAUGCCAAUGUGGAUGUCCUCAAACACAUGAUAGAGGAAGUGGAACAGGAAAUGGAGGAAUAUGAGAGGUGGACAGGACGUGAAGUCAAGGGACUGCAGAGCAAUCCAGGCCUCACAGGCUUCACUUUGUCCCUGGUGAGCACCCUCUGCCGCCUGGUUCGGUACCUUAAAGAGAGUGAACUACAGCUGCGCAAAGAGGUGGAGACAAGACAGCAACUGGAUCAAGUACUGGUUGAUCAUCGAGAGCUCAUUGAUGCUCUGACAGCUGAAAUUAUUCUUCUUAGGGAACAAAAUAUUACUCUACAGACAAGACUUCAGCAGUACAUGGUCACGACAGAUGAGCAAAUUAUAUCCCUCACACAUGCCAUUAAGAAUUGUCCGGUGAUAAACAACAUCAGGGAAGAAAAUGAGGCAUCAGAACGUGGAGCCAUAAGUAGAAGAAUUGUAAACGAUCCAGAAGGUCCGGGUGUAAAUGCUAAUACCUCUGUGCCAUUGAUGUUCAGAGAGGAAGAAGUGGCUGAGUUCCCACAGGAGGAGCGGCCAGUUAAACUGUCUCAGGUGCCAAACUCACCAGAUAGUGUGACUCUGGCCAGCAGUAUCUCAGCACAUGUCUUUGAGCCAGCUGUGCUACUGACCCCACCCAGGCAGAAGAGCAAUUCAUUCUCUCCUCUGCAGGAUG